GCUGCGUGCUCACUGUCCCGAAACAUGAUGAACCAGUCGCCCCUGUGGGAAUUUUUGCUCCCGGCGGCGUGCAAGCACCAGCUCCCUUUUGUGUCCCUCAGCCACAUGCAACUUCCUCAUCAUCAGUAGUGGCAAGAGAAGAAGAGGAGGAAGAUGGAGCAAAAAAGCAGCAGCUGGUUUUGUUUCAACUUAAAAGUUCACCUUUGACUCCAUGCUGAAAACAACUUGGGAAUAUUUGGACUUCUUGUGGUUGGUAGCUGAUGGUGUGGAGCAGGCGCGGUUCUCUCCUCCUCCCUCCUCUUCAUCCUCCUCCUCCCAUUUGCUCACAUUUUGCCUCCAAGUCAGCGGGAUUCCUCAACCUCUCCGACUGUGUUUUGAACCUCUAAAAUGCACUUGACCCCCAGAGGACUUCCUGGAAAAAACAAAGGGAUUAACUGGCAAGGCUCAUUCUGACCUCUGCCUCUGAAAUGUCAAAUUCAACACGUCUCUUUGUGGUGCGGUGCAACUAAGCCCACAACUAUGGAAGCUGCGCAUGCCCCAAAUGUCACAGUAAACAACAGCACAAUGGAUAUCCAAGUGGUCACGCACAAUCUCUGGGAGGUGGUCGCCAUAGCGACCGUGUCAGCCAUUGUAAGUCUCAUCACCAUAGUGGGGAACAUCCUGGUGAUGCUCUCCUUUAAAGUCAACAGCCAACUCAAAACGGUGAACAAUUACUACUUGCUGAGUCUGGCGGCUGCUGACCUCAUUAUCGGUGUCUUCUCCAUGAACCUGUACACCUCCUACAUCCUGAUGGGUUACUGGGCCUUAGGCAAUCUGUCAUGUGACCUGUGGUUGGCUGUGGACUACGUGGCCAGUAACGCCUCAGUCAUGAACUUGCUGGUGAUCAGUUUCGACAGAUACUUCUCAAUCACCAGGCCUCUCACCUACAGAGCCAAACGGACUCCAAAGCGGGCCGGGGUCAUGAUAGGCUUAGCCUGGCUGGUGUCUCUUGUUUUGUGGGCACCGCCUAUCCUAUGCUGGCAAUAUUUUGUGGGCAAAAGAACCGUCCCCGAAAGACAAUGCCAGAUUCAGUUUUUCUCAGAGCCCAUUAUAACGUUUGGAACCGCUAUUGCAGCGUUUUAUAUCCCCGUGUCAGUCAUGACUAUCCUCUACUGUCGGAUCUAUAAAGAAACAGAAAAACGGACCAAGGAUUUAGCGGAGCUUCAGGGAGCGAAUCAGUCCACAAAACCCGACGUCACCCGGGCACGGAUCAGUCGAUCGUGUUUCAGCUGCAAGCUAAAAUCUGCGGCGCAGGACCGCACCCAAGCCUCAUGGUCAUCCUCAAGCCACGCCGCCAAGUCCACCGCCUCCACCAACGAGGAGUGGUCCAAGACCGGUCCCAUGACCGCCUCCAAUAGCUACGCGUCCUCAGAAGAUGAAGACAGGUCCACCUUGCAGCCCCCUUUGGGGAACCAAGUUUGCGAGGGCGGUAAGAGCGUGGCGGGGAGCGAGAGCGAACAGCUAAGCAGCUACGACGAGGACAGCUUCUUCCAAACGCCGCCCAAAAGCAACUCUCAGAAGAGUAGCAAGUGCGUGUCGUACAAAUUCAAACCCGCCACCAAAGACGCCUUGGCCCCGCACCGGGGCAAAAACGGCGAUGCCAAAACCGGGUCAUCCUCGGCGGAGUCGGUCAACGCUCCGGCCGCCCAUUCGGCGUUCAAGGAUGUCACGCUGAAGAACCAGAUGACAAAGAGGAAGAGGAUGGUGCUGAUUAAAGAGAGGAAGGCAGCGCAGACCCUCAGCGCCAUCCUCCUGGCGUUCAUCCUAACAUGGACGCCGUAUAACAUCAUGGUGCUGAUAUCCACUUUCUGCUCAGACUGCAUCCCCGUGUCCCUGUGGCAUCUGGGCUACUGGCUGUGCUACGUCAACAGCACCGUCAACCCAAUGUGCUACGCCCUCUGCAACAAAACCUUCCAAAAGACCUUCCGCAUGCUUCUACUCUGCCAGUGGAAGAAGAAGCGGAUUGAGGAGAAACUCUACUGGUACGGACAAAACCCAAUGGUCGGUGCCAAACUUUCUUGAAGUAUUUUAGAAGCUGUAGGUUUUCAAAAUGGAGGCCUCACCUACAACCCCCCCUGAAUGUUACAUUACAUCUUCUGUUGGUGCUCUAAAAAGCGACUUGAUUAUUAGAUUAGAUUCCAUUUUCACAUAAUUUAACAAACAUAAAAUAAUCCUAUAUAUCAAAAAUAUCAUAACCAACUGUUUAAAAAGUCCUUAGUGACAUUUUAAGUCCUUUCCACGCUAACUGUGAGAGGCAGCCUGUCGCUACUUUGUCAAAAUUGCUGUGCCAACACAAAAUGGAGGGAGCCAUAUAAGAGAUGGAUUGGAACCACUGGCGGAGGUAGAGGGGGGCCGCGGGGGCACUGCUGCCCCCCCAAAGAUGUUUGGAAGGCUGAAAAAGUAGGGAACAUAGUGUUUUCUAAAGAAUUUUGGAGGUUUGCAAAUUUAUUUUGUUUAUUUUGAGGAUCUCCCAAAAUAUCCUUGGCCCCACCCUCAA